CACCCCGCUAUUUUCUUAAUACUUGUUUGGCAAAAAAAUAUUACAGGAGUAGCAUUUUACCUUUUCCCCAAUCUACAUUGUUCAUACGUUUGGUAACCCAGUGAACACCGAAAAGAGCAACAGCGUGCCCGUCGUUCGUUGCCGGGCUGGCCACAGCGCCUUUAGCCAUGGCGGACGACGAGCAGCGGACAAAGGGCGUGCCCUUGACGGGCGUAGUCUACGAUCAGGACCUUUAUGGCGGGGCUGACCGUGCAGCAUAUCGCAGCGAGCUUGUGGAGGAAGAGGAGGAUGAUCAGGACAUGGGCCGUGGCCGCGCGUUCGGCUCAGCGGCGGCCCAGGCGCUAUCUAACAUUCCUGACGCGGAAGCUGAGGAAGGGGCAAGCGGUCUUGGGUUUCAGCAGCCCAAAAGCAUCUACGAGCGUGAGGAUGAUUACAGACGCAGGCGUCUUAACCGCAUUAUUUCGCCAGACCGCAACGACGCGUUUGCCAUGGGCGACAAAACGCCGGACGCACGCGUCCGCACCUACGCUGACAUCAUGCGGGAGCAGCAGCUGCAGCGGGAGAUGGAUAACACCAUGGUGAACAUUGCAAAGAAGACGAAGGAGGAGGCGGAGGCUCUAGCAGCAGCGCAGGCGUCAGGGCAGCCAGCGACCUCCGGGGCAGCAGCUCCAUCCGCGUCAGCUGGCUCGAUGCCCGCGCCGCCGGUUUCUGCUGGCGACGCGGCAGCUGGGGCGAAGCGGCGCAACCGAUGGGAUCAAGCGGAGCCUGCCAAGAAGGCACGGUCGGAGUGGGACACGGAUGGCGUGGAGGCCACCCCGGGCCUGGGCAACCGCUGGGACGCCACCCCUGGAGUCGGCCUCACCGAGGCGACCCCGGCAGCCAACCGCUGGGAUGCCACCCCUGGACUGGGAGGUGCGGACGCGACGCCAGCAGCGGGGAGAUGGGAUGACGCCACGCCGGGGGCCGGCAAGGCGGGGCCCACGCCGCGACGCAACCGAUGGGACGACCCGACACCCGCAAGGCCCGGCGAAACGCCUGCGGGCAGCUGGGGUGGCGAAACCCCCGCCGCCGGCGCAGCCGCCAAGCGCUCCCGCUGGGACCAAACCCCUGCCCUGGGCGCCGGCGCUACACCCGCCCUCGCCCCGGGUGUCACCCCCUCUUUCUUCUCCGCACCCACACCCGCCAUCGGCGCCGCCGGCGCCACCCCCAUGCUCGGCAUGGAGACCCCCUCCCUCUCCGCUCUCGGCGGCGCAGCCGCGGGCGGGGUGCCGCUGACGCCGGAGGCCUACCAGGAGAUGCGGCUGCAGCGGGAGAUGUGGGAGCGCAACCGCCCCCUGUCCGAUGAGGAGCUGGACGCCAUGCUGCCGGGGGAGAAGGACGGGUACAAGGUGCUGGCGCCGCCGCCCGGGUACAAGCCGGUGAUUGACCCCGCCCGGAAGCUCAUGGCGACGCCGACACCGAUGGUGGGCGGCACACCGCUGUACGCGAUGCCGGAGGAGAACCUCGCGCUGAAGGCCGACCUGCCGGUGGCUCCCGAGGGGCUGCCGGAGAUGAAGCCCGAGGACAUGGCCAUGUUUGGGAAGCUGCUGCAGGACGUUGACGAGGCGGAGUUGUCCGCUGAGGAGGCCAAGGAGCGCAAGAUCAUGAAGCUGCUGCUCAAGGUUAAGAACGGCACGCCGCCGCAGAGGAAGAGCGCGCUGAGGACCCUUACCGACAAGGCUCGCGAGCUGGGCGCGGGUCCGCUGUUCAACGCCAUCCUGCCGCUGCUGAUGCAGAGCCACCUGGAGGACCAGGAGCGGCACCUGCUGGUCAAGGUGAUCGACAGGAUCCUGUACAAGCUGGACGAGCUGGUGCGGCCCUACGUGCACAAGAUCCUGGUGGUCAUCGAGCCGCUGCUGAUCGACGAGGACUACUACGCGCGCGUGGAGGGGCGCGAGAUCAUCGCCAACCUCUCCAAGGCCGCGGGGCUGGCGCAGAUGAUUGCCGCCAUGCGACCCGACAUUGACAACAUCGACGAGUACGUGCGCAACACCACGGCGCGCGCGUUCAGUGUGGUGGCGUCGGCGCUGGGCAUCCCGGCGCUGCUGCCCUUCCUCAAGGCCGUGUGUCUGAGCAAGAAGAGCUGGCAGGCGCGGCACACGGGCAUCAAGAUCGUGCAGCAGAUCGCCAUCCUGAUGGGCUGUGCGGUGCUACCCCACCUGCGCUCCAUGGUGGACAUCGUCAAGCACGGACUCAAGGACGAGAACCAGAAGGUGAAGACCAUUACCGCCCUCUGCCUGGCGGCCCUGGCGGAGGCCUCCACGCCGUACGGCAUCGAGUCCUUCGAUGAUGUGCUGGAGCCGCUGUGGAGGGGCAUCCGCUCGCUGAGGGGCAAGGUCCUGGCCGCCUUCCUGAAGGCCAUCGGCCACAUCAUCCCCCUCAUGGACGCGGAGCACGCCUUCUACUACACGCGCGAGGUGAUGGUGGUGCUGCGCCGCGAGUUCAACACGCCCGACGAGGAGAUGAAGAAGAUCGUGCUCAAGGUGGUGAAGCAGUGUGUGGGCACGGAGGGCGUGGAGCCCGACUACAUCCGUUCCGAGAUCCUGCCCGACUUCUUCAAGGCCUUUUGGAACCGGCGCAUGGCGCUGGACCGGCGGAACUACAAGGCGCUGGUGGAGACCACGGUGGCGCUGGCGAACAAGGUUGGCUGCUCCGACAUCGUGUCCCGCGUGGUGGAGGACCUGAAGGACGAGAGCGAGCCGUACCGCCGCAUGGUGAUGGAGACCAUCGACAAGGUGAUCAGCGAGCUGGGCGCGGCGGACAUUGACGCGCGGCUGGAGGAGCUGCUCAUCGACGGCAUCCUGUACGCCUUCCAGGAGCAGGUUGCCGACGACUCCCCCGUCAUGCUCAACGGCUUCGGCACGGCGGUGAACGGGCUGGGCAAGCGCGCGCGGCCCUACCUGCCGCAGAUCUGCGGCACCAUCAAGUGGCGCCUCAACAACAAGAGCGCCAAGAUCCGGCAGCAGGCGGCCGACCUGAUUGCGCGCAUCGCACCCGUCAUGAAGCAGUGCGACGAGGAGGGGCUGCUGGGACACCUGGGUGUGGUGCUGUACGAGUACCUGGGUGAGGAGUACCCCGAGGUGUUGGGCUCCAUCCUGGGCGCCCUGAAGGCCAUCGUCAACGUGAUCGGCAUGACGCGCAUGACGCCGCCCAUCAAGGAGCUGCUUCCCCGCCUCACGCCCGUGCUCAAGAACCGGCACGAGAAGGUGCAGGAGAACGUGAUCGACCUGGUGGGGCGCAUCGCGGACCGAGGACACGAGUACGUGCCGGCUCGCGAGUGGAUGCGCAUCUGCUUUGAGCUGCUGGACAUGCUCAAGGCGCACAAGAAGGCGAUUCGGCGAGCCACGGUCAACACGUUUGGCUACAUCGCCAAGGCCAUCGGACCGCAGGACGUGUUGGUGACGCUGCUGAACAACCUGAAGGUGCAGGAGCGCCAGAACCGCGUGUGCACCACCGUCGCCAUCGCCAUCGUGGCGGAGUCCUGCCAGCCCUUCACCGUGCUGCCGGCGCUCAUGAACGAGUACCGCACACCCGAGCUCAACGUGCAGAACGGAGUGCUCAAGGCCCUGUCUUUCAUGUUUGAGUACAUUGGCGAGAUGGGCAAGGACUACAUCAACGCCGUGACGCCGCUGCUUGAGGACGCGCUGAUGGACCGCGACCUGGUGCACCGGCAGACGGCCGCCAGCGUGGUGGGGCACAUGAGCCUGGGGGUGGCGGGGCUGGGCUGCGAGGCGCCGCUGGUGCACCUGCUCAACUACGUGUGGCCCAACAUAUUCGAGGUGUCGCCGCAUGUGGUGCAGGCUGUGGGUUUUGCGAUCGACGGCUGCCGCGUGGCUCUGGGUCCCUGCCUGGUGCUGCACUACGUGCUGCAGGGGCUGUGGCACCCGGCUCGCAAGGUACGGCAGGUGUACUGGAAGCUGUACAACAACCUGUACAUCGGCGCGCAGGAUGCGCUGGUGGCCUGCUUCCCAGACAUGCCGGACGAGGAGAACGGCGGGGGCGGCGCGGGAGGCGGCAACACCUAUGCACGACACGAGCUGGAUAUGAUGAUUUAGAGGUCCAUGUGGGAGGUGGGGAUGUAGUGUGUGUUGGCUGUUGUAGCGGUGCGUGACCGUGUGCUCGUGUAUGGAGAAGUGUUGUUGUGGGUGUGUUGCCGUGUGUUGCUACCACGGUGUUAGGUGGUGCGUUGCAGAGCGUGUAGGUCGAGGAGUAAGGCUGCUUUGCGUAGCUGUGCGUGUAGCCUUUCUGCAUAGGGUAUAAUUCCGUUUAGCGUGUCGUCGGCAUGCGUGCGUGUGUUCGCAGGAAUGCAAACCAGCCCGUAUCCAGUAGGACGGGGGAUGUUGAUGAGUAGCGGGCCAGUAUUAGCGUACCGCACAACGACGCUGGACAUUGUGAUGCGUUCGGACGCUAGGAGGAUUCUUAGUGGCGGACAGCCAGGACGAGGAACGCAGCUUGGUUGCGGAAAUGUGUGCCGGACGUCGUCAUGGGCUUGUAUUCGGGUGUGUAUAGCUGGUAAUGAACGAUGCUGUUACAUUAACGAACGAUGCUGCAUGGGUUGCAUUUUGCAUGAGAAUCUCAGUGGGGUGGAUAACAGGGUGUGCGCCGGGUUGGUUGCUGCCGAGUACCGUAUCUGGGUUAGUUGCUGAGAGCGAUGUAGUAGUACCGGUACUGCGUGUCGCGGCUCGGGAGUCAGGACACACCAAGCGGGUGGUCGUAGUGGUGGCGGUGUUGGGACCGCAGUACCAGGCCAGGCCACGCAGGCGUGCAGUUUUCGACAUGCUAUGGCUCUCCCACGUGGAGGGCUGCGGCGCUCUCAAGCAAUCAUGGCUGCUGUUGUUAAUCAACGUCUCGCCUUUACUCCAACGCCCC